AUGGAUUCAAAUGGUCGACAUCGUAAUCCAUCAGGAUCCAACCUGACUUUACCCAAUUCAUCGACGUUUCGAAGAUUACCGACUCUGGCUAGAAGUCCCUUUCGACGUUCAGAGAAAACGUCCACACCUCCUCCUCCUCCGAUAGUAGACGUUACUCCACCUUCCUCUAGCCUCGGGCAUGGCGGAGGAGACAGUGUGAAUCAUCACAGAGGUUCAACAUUCCCUUCGUUAUCGCAAGUGGUAGUAGAUGAUAGUUCAGUCUCAUCCGCUUUCUUCGCUUCCACCUCAGGUACAACAAUAACAACAAGUGAAAACACACCGGAUCAAGGUGAACCAUCAACAUCAUCAUCGUCAUCAAACAGAUUACCACCACCACCUUCAAGAUCAUCUUCUCUGUUACAUACACCUGAAGUCAAUCAACCUAACCAACAACCACCUUUAUCACCUUUUGCAAAUACUACUCGAUCAGGUUCGUAUACAGGUUCGACCUCAUCACCUAUGAUCACGACUUAUCCUACACCUUCUUCGAAUGAAUCAGAUUUGGAACCGAUCACUUACCCCUCGCAUCUAGCGCAAAUGAAACCUGAACCUGCUGGUCCCGCUGCCGCUUCAUCUUCAUCGUCAAGGACAAUAACAAGACCUCGUGAUGUCUCGUCAUCGUCCACAUCUGUUGCACCGGUAAUUCUCGGACCCAUUCAUCAGAACAUCUCAUCAGGCGGACCACCUUUUGGCGUACCGAGAAGGAAAGAAUCGAUACAUGGUCAAUCAGAAGAAAUGUCCAGCUCAUAUUCGAAUCCUAUAGAUAGAUUGAAAGACGGUGAAACAGAUAGUGGAACGGAAGAAACUGUUACGACGAAGAAAAGGACAAAUCCAAGACCACCUGUUAAACCUAGAGAGCGAUCUUUGACUGUUCCCAGUUCCGGUGCUGGUGGUGCUGGUGGAGAAGUUGACAAGUCACGAAAAGUCAGUACAAAGAUAUCUCGUACUGCCAUUUCUGGUAAGAUCUUAGAACCUCAAUUACCUUGUUCAAGAAAUGUUUCAAAAGCACCGGCAAGCUCAAUGUAUUAUUCACCUGUACCAUUUUACGGUAGACCACCAAAUCAAGCUCUACGUGCACAUAGCGGGACGUUAGUAGGGGAGAGAAUAUGGAUAAUAGGCGGAGUGGAUAAAAGUAGUUGUUGGAGAGGUGUGGCUUGGUUUGAUACUGAAAGUCUAUUUUGGUCCACUAUCGAUACUAGAGGUGAUCAAUUUCCACCUUUACGUGCACAUACAACAACAUUAGUAGGAGAUAAGUUAUUCAUCUUCGGUGGUGGUGAUGGACCAAGUUAUAGUAAUGAAGUCUGGAUUUUAGAUACUGUGACACAUCGAUUCUCAAGACCAAAUAUCGGUACACCGAAAUCACCAAUACCUCCUCCGCGUAGAGCACAUACGACAGUAGCUUAUCGUAAUUACCUUGUUGUGUUUGGUGGUGGGAAUGGUCAAGCAGCAUUAAACGACGUUUGGGCAUUAGACGUAUCAGAUCUGAACAACUUGAAUUGGCAAGAAUGGAAGACAAAAGGUGAUAUACCUCAGAAGAAAGGAUAUCAUACUGCGAAUCUUGUCGGUGAUAAAAUGAUCGUUUUUGGUGGAAGUGAUGGUCAUGCUAGUUUUGCUGAUAUACAUAUCUUAAAUCUGAAAACUCGCGUUUGGACCCUAAUAACUACUGAGGUUAAACAUAAUCGAUUAUCUCACACUUCCACUCAGGUUGGUUCAUAUCUAUUCAUCAUUGGAGGUCAUAAUGGUCAAACGUAUGCUCAAGACGUCUUACUAUUCAAUCUUGUGACUCUGCAAUGGGAAAGUAAAUCACCUAAAGGUGUUAUACCACCUGGAAGAGGAUAUCACGUCGCUUUACUACACGAUGCAAGGAUAUUCAUUUCGGGUGGAUACAACGGUGAAAGUGUAUUCGAUGACUUGUGGACAUUAGAUCUGAGCGCAGGCGCUUAUCUACCACAAGUUACAACAUUCGAAGUUGAUGAAACUGCUGAACAAGCUAGAAGGAUAUUUGAAUCAACCAAUAUUUGA